AUGUUGAGCGCCUGAGUCCGCUCAGUAAAGGCCGGGCGUCGCCAGUCGGUUCCGUCGGUGACUCGUUCCGAAGCAUGGUCAUCUUUGGGAGGUUCCAACCGGAAACUUCCGGGAGAUGGGCUUCCCCACAUUUUUGAGGUUCGGAAUGAAUGGGUUACCGUACCAGAGGCCGGUGUUGCUGCGCGUGAGAAGGCUAGAAGCCACCGUCGCUAUCCAUUCUCUCCGGCAUUCACGGGAGGCUCUUCUAUGUAAAAACAGUCAUUCGUUCCAACAAGUAAGGGUACUCUGGCAGCUGGCAAGGGAAGCAAGAUUGCUGCUGCGGACUUGAAAAAAGCAUUGGUUUCAUUAUCUUGUGUGCUUUCUAGUGAUACGAAGGCCAUCUAUUUGAAGAUGACACUUUUCUAGCGUGUAGCAAGCUGCCAAUCAUGAGAGAAAGGACGACUCAGAAGGGGAUAAUUCUACCAUGCUCCAUACCUUCCCUUGUUUUUUCAUUUGGUCUUCUCUGCAUCUUUCCACUCUCCCUUUUUCUCUUUUCCACCCACCACCACACAAGCCAUAUUCCAUUAGCCACUAGAAUCUCUAGAUAUUCUGGCGAUGAGAUCAAGGUUUAUCUUGCAGACAUCCCGAGGUCUCUUAAUUAUGGGCUGCUUGAGGAGUAUUGGUCUCUGAAAAAUUAUAGCAGACUAGGUGAUGAUGAAGAUGAGAUCGUGAGGUCUAGGUUUUCGUCUAAUUAUAAGGGUGGAUAUCCUCCACCUUAUCCAGAGAACCCUUUGAUCAAGCAAUAUAGUGCUGAAUACUGGCUUUUGGGUGAUCUCAUGACACCGGAGGAUCUGAGAGUUUCCUCAUUUGCAAGGAGGGUUUUCAAUGCAGAGGAUGCUGAUGUGAUCUUUGUGCCAUUUUUUGCAACACUCAGUGCAGAGAUGCAGCUUGGCAAGGCUAAGGGAAAAUUUCGGCAGAAGAAUGGGAAUGAAGAUUAUGAGAGACAGAGGAAGGUGGUGGACAUGGUCAGAGAAACACCUUCCUGGAAGAAAUCUGGUGGGCGGGAUCAUGUGUUUGUUCUAACAGACCCAGUUGCAAUGUGGCAUGUGAGGGCAGAGAUAGCACCAGCAGUGCUUUUGGUUGUUGAUUUUGGCGGUUGGUAUAGAGUUGAUGCCAAAUCUUCUAUGAACACUUCAGAAGUGAUACAUCAUACCCAGGUUUCUCUGCUUAAGGAUGUGAUUGUGCCAUAUACUCAUCUUCUCCCCAACUUACUUUUAUCUGAAGAUCAGGAAAGGAAGACACUUUUGUAUUUCAAAGGAGCUAAGCACAGGCAUCGAGGGGGCUUGGUUCGAGAAGGAUUGUGGAAUUUGCUUGUAAAUGAACCUGGCGUUGUCAUGGAAGAAGGUUUCCCCAAUGCUACAGGUCGUGAGCAAUCAAUAAGAGGGAUGCGGACAUCAGAAUUCUGUCUGCAUCCAGCUGGUGAUACACCAACAUCAUGCCGUUUGUUUGAUGCCAUCCUUAGUCUAUGCAUCCCGGUUAUUGUAAGCGAUAGCAUUGAACUUCCCUUUGAAGGUAUGAUUGAUUACACGGAGUUCUCAGUCUUCAUCUCAGUAAAUAAUGCUAUGAAGCCGAACUGGCUUUUGAGUCACCUAAGAAGCUUCUCCAAGGAGCAGAAAGAUUCCUUCCGCAAGAAGUUAUCACAGGUUCAACCGAUCUUUGAAUAUGAUAAUGGCCAUAAAGAUGGCAUAGGACCUGUUCCAGUUGAUGGUGCUGUAAAUCACAUCUGGAGAAAGGUUUUUGAAAAGCUCCCAGCAAUCAGGGUAGCUGUUGCUCGUGAGAAGCGAAAACCAGAUGGUGUGUCAAUACCUGCUCGUUGCCACUGUACAUGAACGUAAUUUUUUUUAGUCUUUAGUUGUAUUUUAGUGAUUGUGAAAUUUAUCAUGGAGCAAUUCAUUCUCUACAAUUAUUUUCAGUUCUUUGGUAAGCAA